AUGUGGGACCUUCAGGGGCUGGUGGCAGCAGGUCUCUUCACACUCCUCGUUGAAGAUUUUGGGGUCAAGGGGGUGCAGGUUGAAGAGAUUUACGAUCUGCAGAGCAAAUGCCAAGGCCCUGUGUAUGGGUUCAUCUUCCUGUUCAAGUGGAUCGAGGAGCGCAGAUCACGCCGGAAGGUCUCUACCCUGGUGGAUGAGACAUCUGUGAUCGACGAUGACAUCGUUAAUAACAUGUUCUUUGCUCACCAGCUGAUACCCAAUUCCUGUGCCACCCAUGCCCUGCUGAGUGUCCUCCUCAACUGCAACAAUGUCGACCUGGGCCCCACACUGAGCCGCAUGAAGGAUUUCACCAAAGGAUUCAGCCCUGAGAGUAAAGGCUAUGCCAUCGGCAACGCCCCAGAGCUGGCCAAGGCCCACAACAGCCAUGCCAGGCCGGAGCCGCGACACUUGCCGGAAAAGCAGAACGGUAUCAGCGCUGUGCGAACCAUGGAGGCUUUUCAUUUUGUCAGUUAUGUCCCCAUCAAGGGAAGGCUGUUUGAGCUGGAUGGGCUGAAGGUCUAUCCCAUUGACCAUGGUCCGUGGGCUGACGAUGAAGAAUGGACGGACAAAGCCAGAAGGGUCAUCAUGGAGCGCAUCGGCUUGGCCACCGCAGGGGAGCCGUACCAUGACAUCCGCUUCAACCUGAUGGCCGUGGUGCCUGAUCGGAGGAUGAAGUAUGAGUCCAAACUGCACAUCCUGAAGAUGAACCGCCAGACUGUGCUGGAGGCCCUGCAGCAGCUUAUCCGAGUAACUCAGCCUGAGCUGAUCCAGACCCAGAAGUCUCAGGAGGCUCAGCCUCCCGAAGAGGCAAAGCCAGCCAGCAGCAAGACCGUGGCUCCAGAGAGCUCCCAUGCAGAUGGCACUGAUGAGCCCACCAACCAGGGCCAACCCAUGGCCACGCAGAGCCCACCUAGCAAGUCCAAACCGGUGGCCAAGACAUCAGUGAGCAAUGUCAACGGGGCACCUCCAGCCAACCCCAACCCCAUCGUGCAGAGGCUGCCAGCCUUCCUGGAUAAUCACAACUAUGCCAAGUCCCCCAUGCAGGAGGAGGAAGACCUUGCAGCAGGAGUGGGGCGCAGCCGGGUCCCAGUCCGACAGCACCAGCAGUACUCGGACGAUGAGGAUGACUACGAUGAUGAUGAGGAGGAGGAUGUUCGUAACACCAACUCAGCCAUUAGGUACAAAAGGAAAGGGCAGGCAAAGCAAGAGCACGUGGCCGGGGCUGCAGAUGGCCAGCUCUCUGUCCUCCAGCCCAACACCAUCAACGUCCUAGCUGAGAAGCUGAAGGAAUCUCAAAAGGAUCUUUCCAUUCCCCUGUCCAUCAAGACGAGCGGCGGGGGCACCGCUGUGGCAGUGGUCACCCACUCCCAGCCCUCUCCCACCCCCAGCAACGAGAGCACAGACCCCGCCUCCGAGAUCGGCAGCGCCUUCAACUCCCCGCUGCGCUCUCCCAUCCGCUCGGCCAACCCCACCCGCCCCUCCAGCCCCGUCACCUCCCACAUCUCCAAGGUGCUCUUUGGGGAGGAGGAUGGGCUGCUGCGUGUCGACUGCAUGCGCUACAACCGGGCUGUCCGGGACCUGGGGCCCAUCAUCAGCACUGGGCUGCUGCACCUCACCGAGGAUGGUGUGUUCUGCCCACUGGCUGUUGCAGAUGGGGGGAAAAGCUCCACCUCUUCCAUCAAACCUGGUGAAGAGGCCCCGGUCGCAAUCAAACUGGAGGAGAAGGAGGGCAGUGAGGGCAGUGACAGCAAAGAGAAGGUGGGACUUGGCAGGACCAGUGAUCACCCUGGGGGGGAAAAGUAUUCUCCCAAGGAGCUGCUGGCGCUGCUGAAGUGCGUGGAGGCAGAGAUUGCGAACUACGAGGCCUGCCUGAAGGAAGAGGUGGAGAAGAGGAAGAAAUUCAAGAUCGAUGACCAGAGGAGAACCCACAAUUACGACGAGUUCAUCUGUACCUUCAUCUCCAUGCUGGCCCAGGAAGGCAUGCUGGCCAGCCUGGUGGAGCAGAACAUCUCAGUCCGCAGGCGGCAGGGAGUCAGCAUCGGCCGCCUGCACAAGCAGAGGAAGCCAGACCGCCGGAAACGCUCCCGCCCCUACAAAGCCAAGCGUCAGUAGCCUGGGGGUCGAGACUGUGAGGAGAAGCAGCUGGAUUUUGUGGCACUGGGCAGGGGCAUUUGGAUCUAUGAUACCCUUUGCCCAAGGAAGGGGGACCACAGCAACAAGCCCUCGGCCAAGGUGGAGCCUGUGGACAAAAAGAAAUUGGGCUUUUCUCUGAGCCCAA